CUAUGGUUAUUUUCCCAUCCAUCUGGACAUCUAGGGAAAGCCUCUCAGCUUGGCUCGAUAACAAGCAGCUUUUGUGGAAUUGCUAGAGAAUGGGGUGGUGACGUGGCCCAGUGAAUCGUUCUUGGUUUCAGCCCAUGUGCGCAAAAUGGUACACCUAAAGUCGAAUGGGUUUCUGAGGCUGAUGGCUCCCUAGCGUUUCUGAAGGUUCAGACAACUUCUCUGGGGAGAUUCUCCUGGAUGGAACAUCUUCAGAUGUGUUGACCUUGCCUGGCUUUGGCAGCUCCGAUGCGUCUCCAUUUUGCUGUGGAUUACUGGCUUCUGUGGCUUGGAGAUGGCGACUUAGUGUCUUGACACGGAAACUGGACGUCGAGUGGUGCCUCGUCCUUCCCUAACUUCUGGCUCAGGAUUUAUACGUCCCUUCUCUUUCUUCCUUUUUCUACCUCACGAGCUGCUGUGAAAAAAACCAAAAAAUAAACAUUUUUCAAAAGCAGUUAUCAAAAAUGACAAGUCUGUUCCGGCGGAGCAGCAGCAAUGGCAGCUCGAGGAACAGCUCUUCCGCCCAGGAACUUAACAACAGCCGCCCGGCCCGACAGGUACGGCGGCUGGAGUUUAACCAGGCCAUGGAAGAUUUCAAGACCAUGUUCCCCAAUAUGGAUUAUGACAUCAUUGAAUGUGUUUUGAGGGCUAACAACGGGGCCGUGGAUGCUACCAUCGACCAGCUGUUGCAGAUGAACUUGGACGGCAGCGGGUGCGAAGACAGCUCUGACUCGGAUGACAGCAUUCCCCCCGAGAUUUUGGAACGGACUCUGGAGCCUGAUAGUUCAGAUGAAGAGCCUCCUCCAGUCUACUCUCCCCCUUCCUAUGACAUGCACAUCUUUGACCGGCAGUACCCGCAGGCCCCUCCAACGCCGCCCCCCAGGAUUGAUAUCCAGAAUUCAAGUGGGCCUCCAGCGCAACGCCGGUACCGGAACUGGAACCCUCCAUUGUUAGGCAAUCUUCCCGAUGACUUCCUUCGCAUCUUACCCCAACAGAUGGACGAGGUGCAGAAUUCUCAGGGCGGCCAUCAAACCACCAAAAGCCCAGGAAGUCAAAGGACCCAAGGCUCUUUGGACCAGGAGAGGAAAUGGAAGCAGUAUCUCGAAGAUGAACGGAUCGCGCUCUUCCUCCAGAAUGAGGAGUUCAUGAAGGAACUUCAAAGGAACAGGGAUUUUCUCCUGGCCCUUGAAAGAGAUCGCUUGCGGUACGAGUCAAAGAAAUCCAAGAUGAACAGUGUGGCUGUCAGCAGUGAUGUCUGCUUUUCCUCUGUAAUAUCUGACGACGUCGUUCGCUCCUUAACCGGCGUCUCCAGUGGUGCUGUCUCCGAAGAUGCCUUAUUCAGGGACAAAUUGAAACACAUGGGAAAAUCAACACGCAAGAAACUCUUUGAGCUUGCCAGAGCUUUCUCAGAGAAGACCAAAAUGAGGAAGUCGAAAAGAAAACAGCUGUUAAAGCAUCAGGUGAUGGGGACAGCAGCUUCCACGGCUAAUCUGCUCGAUGAUGUUGAAGGACAUUCGUGUGAUGAAGACCACCAAGCCAGAAGACGACCGUUGCCGGUUGAGGAAGAAACAUCGAAAGAAGUGCAGUGAGGGCACGAUGGGUAAUGUGAGAUCCUGAGCUGGCAGCUGAAAAGGAAGAUAAGCCAAGUCAGCGGCAAAUUGCAAGAUGUCUGAGCAAAAAGAUGUUUCUCAGGCUGAGGCUGCCUUCCAGCCCUGGAGUUGUCGAAGUUUCAGCUUUGUAUAAGGCACACAAAAGAAUUCUGGCUUUGUGGGUUUAUUUUCCCCUUUCUUCUUCCUCGGUAUGAAGAAUUCAGCCGAAAAAAGGGGUUGGGAGGAGAGAUGACGUUGACAUCUGAGCUGGGUUUUCUUUUUUCCUAUGCUAUUAUUUUAUUUUAUUUUUUGCCAUUGGAGGAUGGAUUUUAAACUCCAGUUGAUACGUUGAGGCCCGUGCUUUCUUUGUUGGGAUGUAGACGUGAGAAAGAACAACGCUGUUUAACUGUUUCAAACCAUCUCUCUUCUACUAACAAAUGUACAGGUCCUUGGUCAAGGUACAGGAUGACCGCAGCAUUUUGUUGUAGGGUUGAUAAUGUUUUUAUAAUUUUUCUUAUUACUAUAUGACUCUUGCUGCUAACAGAAAAAAGAAGCCCACGUCAAGAUCAUACCUAGCUGUCUCUGUUUCCAAAUAACAUAAACCCUCCACCUUUCCAUGGGGCAAAGGUUGUAUUGUUUUCGUUGAAAUCCACUCAUCAUCAAAACAUCACUUCCUGCCCGGU